UCCGACAGGACCCCGCUGCAUUCUCUCGGAGCGGAGAGGGGUCGUCUGCUCUUCACAUGUCGGUGCCUCAGUGUCUGUUUUUGGGGGAAAUACCGUGUAAUGAAAACAAGUGUCUGGUUUUUUUUUUUUGGUUGGGGGGAUCAAUCAUCCGAUACCGAUCGGCUCUGUCUGCGUGAAAUAGGGAAUGAACGACGAGACAGCAUCGGACAGCUGGAAGAGAAACUCCGGGUGCUCCAGAUUUUGGAGUUGAGCUGCUGAGAUUUCCGUUUCCACAAUAUGAAGGAGUAUUGAGCAAAUGCUGGCUGUGAGUCCCGGAAAGACGCCCAUCAGUCUGCUGCAGGAAUAUGGAACGCGGAUAGGCAAGACCCCAGUGUAUGACCUGCUGAAGGCCGAGGGACAGGCCCACCAGCCCAACUUCACGUUCCGCGUCUCCGUCGGAGAGAUCAGCUGCACCGGCCAAGGGCCCAGCAAGAAGGCAGCCAAGCACAAAGCAGCCGAGGCUGCUCUGAAGAUGCUCAAGGGAGGUCUAGGAGGUCCCGUCGGAGUUGGUGUUGGUGUUGGUGUUGGUGUUGGAGUAGGAGUAGACGGGUUUAUUGGGGUUGACGUGUCUACUGAUGGGGACAGCUCCCAGUCAGAGAUGAAGACCUCAGGCAGUUCUCAGCAGUCUGAAUGCAACCCUGUGGGAGCUCUGCAGGAAUUGGUGGUGCAGAAAGGAUGGCGUUUGCCAGAGUACACAGUCACCCAGGAGUCUGGUCCAGCACACCGCAAGGAGUUCACCAUGACCUGCAGAGUGGAGAGAUUUGUGGAAAUCGUGAUCGUUUCUUUAUCCUCUCCAGGAAGCGGGACCUCCAAGAAGCUAGCCAAGAGAAACGCAGCAGCUAAGAUGUUAUCGCGUAUACACGAUGUCCCAGUCGACCUGAGGACUAGCAACGAACCUGACGUGGAAGAAGACACGUUCAACAUGCACAUGGGGAGCAGAGCUGAGACGGGGAAAAGUAAAGGCUUCAGCUGCACCUGGGACUCUCUGCGUAACUCCGCUGGAGAGAAGAUCCUGCAGCUCCGCAGCCACCCUCUGGGCAUGCCCACUGACUCCAACUUCUGCUCUUUGCUGAAUGACCUGUCCACGGAGCAGCGCUUUGACGUCAGUUACCUGGAUCUGGAGGAGCGCAGUCUGAGUGGCCUGUGCCAGUGUCUAGUGGAGCUGUCCACGCAGCCAAUCACAGUGUGCCAUGGCUUUGCUCCGAGCAUAGAUGCCGCUCGAGCCAAUGCAGCCCACAAUGCACUGCAGUACCUCAAAAUCAUGGCUGGGGGGAAGUGAUGUCAUCUUCCUCCUCACAGACUC